ACUUCUGGCACGUGACCGGAGGAGGCGGGCUUUUGGGACCGGCGCCUUCUCCUUGCUUCUUUUUUGGGGUCGUGGCCUUGCUCCUGCCCUGCAAGAGAAGCGUCCAGGGCUUUCACGCGCAAGUGUGCGCGUGGGUCCUGACGUGCUCGUAGGUCCACGCUCCAGACUCUGCGGGGACAGAAGCAGGAGCCAUGGGCGGGACCGCUAGCACCCGCCGGGUCACCUUCGAGGCGGACGAGAACGAGAACAUCACCGUGGUGAAGGGCAUCCGGCUUUCAGAAAAUGUGAUCGACCGGAUGAAGGAGUCCUCUCCAUCUGGCUCUAAGUCUCAGCGAUAUUCCAGCGUUUAUGGUGCUUCAGUUUCUGAUGAAGAUUUGAAAAGAAGAGUAGCUGAGGAGCUGGCAUUGGAGCAAGCCAAAAAGGAGUCAGAACACCAGAGACGCCUUAAGCAAGCAAGGGACCUAGAAAGAGAAAGGGCUGCAGCCAAUGAGCAGCUGACCAGAGCUGUCCUUCGGGAAAGAAUAUCCAGUGAAGAGGAGCGCAUGAAGGCGAAGCAUCUGGAUAUUGAAGACAAAGCUCGGCAGCUGGAAGAGAAAGACCGAGUGAUGCGGAAGCAGGAUGCAUUCUACAAAGAGCAGCUGGCCAGACUGGAGGAGAGGGUAUAGGUAGCUACUAAGAAGAAAACUAAGAUGCUAUGAAGUUAAAGUUGACGUAGAGCCCCCAAGAUAUUAAAGAUGCCAGAGUGGGCGGAUACCUGCUGAGAAAAGCAGCGAACAAGGAAUGGAAGCAGGCUAGGAGGAAGUAGUUUGUUGCAGGCAAUACAGAUGAAAAAGGAGUGGAGAUCUGAAACCUGCUUUGACAUCAGCCAUGGAGAUGCAGAGGAUGGAGAUUACCCAGCUGUUCCCUGCCUCGAUUUGGGAAUUACAGUUGAUUGAUUGGCUGAAUCUCAGAAGAGAAUUUCAACUUUGGACUUUUAACAUUGUUGAGACUGCUAUGGAUUAUGGGGACUUUGGAAGUUGGACAAAAUGUAUUUUGCAUUAUGCUAUGUUUAAGUAUGGCCUCCAUAGAUUCAUAUGUUUGACCAAGCCUAUGGGGUCCAGGGAAUGGAAUGUUAUGGUUUGUAUAUGCUCAGCCCAGUAACGGGCACUGUUAGAAGAUGUGGUCCUUUUGGAGACACUGUCUAUAAGACAAAAAGACCACCAACAGACUGGGAAAGGAUCUUUACCUAUCCUAAAUCAGAUAGGGGACUAAUAUCCAACAUAUAUAAAGAACUCAAGAAGGUGGACCUCAGAAAAUCAAAUAACCCCCUUAAAAAAUGGGGCUCAGAACUGAACAAAGAAUUCUCACCUGAGGAAUACCGAAUGGCAGAGAAGCACCUGAAAAAAUGUUCAACAUCCUUAAUCAUCAGGGAAAUGCAAAUCAAAACAACCCUGAGAUUCCACCUCACACCAGUGAGAAUGGCUAAGAUCAAAAAUUCAGGUGACAGCAGAUGCUGGCGAGGAUGUGGAGAAAGAGGAACACUCCUCCAUUGUUGGUGGGAUUGCAGGCUUGUACAACCACUCUGGAAAUCAGUCUGGCGGUUCCUCAGAAAAUUGGACAUAGUACUACCGGAGGAUCCAGCAAUACCUCUCCUGGGCAUAUAUCCAGAAGAAGCCCCAACUGGUAAGAAGGACACAUGCUCCACUAUGUUCAUAGCAGCCUUAUUUAUAAUAGCCAGAAACUGGAAAGAACCCAGAUGCCCCUCAACAGAGGAAUGGAUACAGAAAAUGUGGUACAUCUACACAAUGGAGUACUACUCAGCUAUUAAAAAGAAUGAAUUUAUGAAAUUCCUAGCCAAAUGGAUGGACCUGGAGAGCAUCAUCCUGAGUGAGGUAACACAAUCACAAAGGAACUCACACAAUAUGUACUCACUGAUAAGUGGAUACUAGCCCAAAACCUAGGAUACCCACGAUAUAAGAUACAAUUUCCUAAACACAUGAAACUCAAGAAAAAUGAAGACUGAAGUGUGGACACUAUGCCCCUCCUUAGAAGUGGGAACAAAACACCCAUGGAAGGAGUUACAGAAACAAAGUUUGGAGCUGAGAUGAAAGGAUGGACCAUGUAGAGACUGCCAUAUCCAGGGAUCCACUCCAUAAUCAGCAUCCAAACGCUGACACCAUUGCAUAUACUAGCAAGAUUUUAUCGAAAGGACCCAGAUGUAGCUGUCUCUUGUGAGACUAUGCCAGGGCCUAGCAAACACAGAAGUGGAUGCUCACAGUCAGCUAAUGGAUGGAUCACAGGGCUCCCAAUGGAGGAGCUAGAGAAAGUACCAAAGGAGCUAAAGGGAUCUUCAACCCUAUAGGUGGAACAACAUUAUGAACUAACCAGUACCCCUGAGCUCUUGACUCUAGCUGCAUAUGUAUCAAAAGAUGGCCUAGUCGGCCAUCACUGGAAAGAGAGGCCCAUUGGACACGCAGACUUUGUGUGCCCCGGUACAGGGGAACGCCAGGGCCAAAGGGGGGGAGUGGGUGGGUAGGGGAGUGGGGGUGGGUGGGUAAGGGGGACUUUUGGUAUAGCAUUGGAAAUGUAAAUGAGCUAAAUACCUAAUAAAAAAUGGAAAAAAAAAAAAAAAAAAAAAAA